AUGGCACGCGAAAGAAUAUUGAUGAUAUUUGGAAAUGGAAAGAGUAUCCCUUUUCGCUACGAUUCGCCAAGAUUACAUGUAGCAGAAAAAACAGUAAAGAUGAAAUUCAAUGAAACGCCGUUUGGUAUUCCUGUUAACCAACCGUUGGGCCCACGUGAGCCAUUAUUUCAAAAGGCAAACAAGGUUUUUUCUGCCAGUUUCAUGUUUCAGAGAGAGUGCGGAGUGUCCAACUGUUGUUCAUUGGUCAAUGUGGUUUUAAGACGAUGCCUUCGUCCUUUAGGAUUUGAAACAAAUGAAUUGCUUCAAGUUCAAUAUGGGCGGAUUCAACGUUACAAUCAAAUGGAUAUGCCGCAUGUGUGGUUAGAUAUUGGUGGAUAUGUCAUAGAUAAUACCUAUCUUGAAAUACCUAUAAAACUAUUCACCAAGAUGAAAAAAUCGGCAAAAUACGUACCAUUUACUGAUGCUGGUGAUUUAUCGAAUAGCUUCCUUGGUGACGAAGAAACACGUGCAAUGGGAAUUCAAGACCAUGACUAUGAAGUUUAUAUAUGGUGUUUAAAUACUUCAAACGAGGAAAAAUACAUGGCCCUCUCUGGUAACAAGGCACAGCUGUUGGACUAUCAAGCUAAAAUGAUGAAAUUUAUGAAGGAAACUUUUGAUGUUGAGUUGCCAGAAGUAAAGAAGGAGAAAAUCUGUUGGAGUUGUAAUCAAGCAUCAGAAUCUUUGAAAUCAUGUUCUAAAUGUAAGAUUGCUCAAUAUUGCAACAAAUGUUGUCAGACAAGAGAUUGGCAUAAAAUUCAUAAACGUGUUUGUCUUCCACCAAAUACACGCUGA